UGUCUACCUCCCUGUCACCCUCCACAGGCAGAGCUGACCCGCCCAGGAACCAAGACAAUGCAGGAAGCAACACAGUUACAGUUGUCACCCGAUGGGCAGAGCCUCUACCAGCCCCAGUCUGUCUCCAAUCUCCAAGACAAAGCAGGGACACUGAGUCCACAGCCUCAGCACAAGCCACUGGCGUCCAGGGAGACCCUUCUGCAACGGCAUGACAAGGACAAGAUGGUGCCUCGUCACAUCCCACGCCUGCGGGCUGUGGUCGAGAGCCAGGCCUUCAAGAACGUCCUGGUGGAUGAGAUGGACAUGAUGCUCUCCCGUGCAGCCACCCUCAUCCAAGCCAACUGGAGGGGCUACCGGCUCCGGCAAAAGCUGAUCUCCCAGAUGAUGGCAGCAAAGGCCAUCCAGGAGGCCUGGCGACGCUUCAACACCAGGCGUCUCCUCCGGUCUGGCAAGUUGGUGGAAAAAAAAGUGAGCAUGGAGGAGGGCGACAUCCCUUACCAUGCCCCCCAGCAGGUGCGGUUCCAGCAUCCAGAAGAGAGCAAACCCCCUGUGGCCCUGCCUGUCAUGGUGAGCAAAGAGACCCAGUUCCCCUCCUCCGACACCCUGGCUGCCUGCACCCACCAGCUGGCCUUCCUGCAGGCCCAGCUUGCUCCACCUUGCACCGCUGGGGACCCUGGCAUCACCUUCCUGCCACACCAGACCGUUGCCAUGAGACUUCCAUGUCCGGCAAGUCUAGAUGCAAAGUGCCACCCAUGCCUGCUGACAAGAACUGUCAGAAAUCCCUGCCUUGUCCACGUUGAAGGGGACACGGUGAAGACCAAGCAAGUAAUUACCAGAGCCAGCAAGGCAGGAGCCCCAGGGCCACUCCCAUGUGGAAGGUGUGCCCAGGCAGUUCACGGAUCACUCAAGACCCAGGCCCAGACCCACGUGGAAACAGAGGUCCUAAAAGCCCCACUCCAGACAGGCCCAGCAUUUGCGAUAAAGACCCCACCCCAGAUGUAUCCAGUGGCCGCAAUGCCCAAGACCCCACCCCAGCCAUGCCUCGUGCCCACAGUAACACUAGCCAAGACCCCACCCCAGGUAUACCCAGUGGCCAGGAUGACCAGGACCCUAACCCAGAUGUACCCAGCGGCUGCCAUGACCAAGACCCCACCCCAGACGUACCCUGCAGUCGCGAUUACCAAGACUCCACUCCAGUCAUGCCUGGCAGCCAUGAUGAACAAGACCCCACCCCAGCCAUGCUCAGCGCCCACGGUAACAAUAACCAAGGCCCCACCCCAGACAUACCAGGUAGCCCCAAUGGCCAGGAGCCCACCCCAGACAUGCCCAGUGGCUACAAUGACCAAGACUUCACCCCAGACGUCCCAGCCAGCCGCCAUGACCAAGACCCCACUUCAGUCAUGCCUGGCGGCCCUGGUGAAUAAGACCCCACCACAGCCAUGCCCAGCAGCCCCGAUGUCCAAGACCCCAACCCAGAUGCGACCAACAGCCUCAAUGACCAACACUUCUCCCCAGACACGACCGGCAGCCAUCAUGGCCAAGAUCUCGCCGCAGAUAUGCCUUUUGGCCUCGAUGAUUAAGCCCCAAACUCAGACACGGCCUGUGGCCACAAUGACCAAGGCUCCACCCCAAACGUGCCCAGUGCCCGCCAUGACCAAGACUCCAACCCAGAUGCGCCCGGUAGCCCCGAUGACCAAGACCCCGCUGCAGACGUGUCCAGCAGCUGCCAUGGCCAAGACUCCAUCUCAGACGCUCCCCGGGGCCUCAGUGACCAAGACCCCUCCCCAGACGCGUCUGGCAGCCAUGGUCACCAAAACCCCAGCCCAAUUUCGCUCAAUGGCCGCCAUUCUCAGGACCCUAUGCCUGCCACCUUCAGCAGGUGGAAAUCUGAAGUCUUCACCUCCAGUAGCUGUGGCAGCUGGAAUUCCCAACGCCUCAUCCCACACGUGUCUGAACGAACCUAAGGCCAAGGCUGUGGUGAACACCAAGCAGACAGCAGGGAUGGUCAGGGUCUCUUCUCACUCAUACUUGGCUGAGGGAAAGAUCAAAUACUUUAACUCACCACAUCUGGGAGCUGGGGCCCCCAAGGCUCCAGCCAAGCCUCCUUUGGAAGCUGAAAAAAUGAAGGUCUUCUCCCAGAAGGAGGUGAAAACAGAAACGGUGUCUAGUACCAGUGUGGCCAUUGAAAUGCCCCGGGCUUCACCCUGGGUGAAAAUGGCUGAGGACAGGAACAAGUCCUCAUUACAGACACAUCUGAGGGCAGAUGUGAAGGUUCAGUCCCAGGUGUAUGCGCCUGUAGAAACAGCCAUGGUCCUGCCCCGGGCCCAGCUGGCCACAUGUCCGGCGAAGGCCAUGCCCCAGACACAUCUGGAUACAUGUCUGGCCAAGGCCCUGCCCCAAGAACGGCUGGCCACCUGUUCGACCACAGCCUCGUCCCAGGGACAGCUGCUUGCCGAACUGACUGCGGUUCUGCCCCAGGCCCAUCUGGGCACAUGUCUGUCUAAGACCCUGCCCCAGGCACAUCCACACGCCAGGCUGACCACAACUCAGGCUCAGACCCAUCUGGGCACGUGUCUGUCCAAGGCCCUGUCCCAGGCACAUCCACCUGCCAAGCUGACCAAGGCCCCGUCCUUCGCACAUCUGGGCACGUGUCUGACCAAGGCACAGUCCCAAGCACAUCUGGCCACAGGGGUGAUAAAGGUCCAGUCUCAAGCACAUCUGCCCAUCGGGCUGACCAAGGUGCAGUCCCAGGCCCAGCUGGUCCCAGAAACCGCCAAGUGCCUCCACACGGCCCACCAAGCUGCUGAGCUCAGCGGCAAGACCCAGUCGCAGCCACUCCUGGCCGGGUUCAAGGCCUCCACCCAGCCCUGCCAGCACGUUGGUGCCCUUGGCACUCCGCCCCGAGCCAAGCCAGAGGACAGACUGACUCAGAUCCAACCCCACAGUUAUGUGCAGGGCAAAGCCACCCCGGGCCCACGCCAGGGGGCCUCCGAGACCCGGAGCAUGCUGGUGCCUCUGCUGGCCUCUGCCGGACACCCCACAUGUAACAUUGAAUCCUGGGGUGACAGUGGGGCUACCCGGGCCCAGUCACCGAUGCCCAGCCCGGCCACACCCUGCCCAGAAGAGCUGACUGCCUCCCAGCUCGCCUCCCUAGGCAUUGAGCUGGCUGCCGAGCUGGGCUCCCAGGAGGACCUCCGUGCCCUACUGGUAAAAGCCCUCUCCCAGGGCCAAGUGAAGGCAGCCCUGAACCAGGCCCUGUCCAAGAGAGUCCUGGGCUCCACGAUGGCCAAGGCCCUGCCCCAGGGCAUGCUGGGCACAGCGCUGAUGAAAGUGCUAUCCUGGGGCGAGCUGGGCCUUGCGCUGUCCCGCACCCUGUCCCCCGGCGAGCUGCGGGCAGAACUCACCAAGGCCAAGCAGGGUAAACUGGCGGACGUGCUCAGCAAGGCCCUGACAGAGGAGGAGUGGGCUGCUCUGAGCCAGGCCCUGUGUCAGGGGGAGCUGGGCGCUGUCCUGAGCCAGUCUUUGUCUCAGGCGGCCCUGAGGACUGGCGUUGUCCUCCCCAAGGCCGCCUCGAAAACAGCAGGAAACAGGAUGACUGUGAUCCCAGCCCCGGUGGAGGUGGACCACAGGGGGAUCCCAUCGACUGCAUGGGGGCCCGCCCUAGGCCCCGUGAGACCACAGCCCAGCAAGGUUAGGGUUCCCCAGGACGGGGCCUGGGAGGGCUUCUCCACAGGCUGGCCUGCCAGGUUCUUGGAAGAGAUGGGGGAUGGGGCCAUGCUCGGGGGGUCACCCUGCUUGCCGGUGGUCUCUAUGGGUGCUUCCCUGGCUAGUAGAGUGAUCACCGCCAUUCAUCAGUAUCCCCUGAUCGCUGCCCUGGACCCCAGUCUAUCAUGGGAGAUGGAGUCCAGCAGGGGCUCCUCCUCAGACCUAUAUCUGAGCCCUGAGGUCAGUGAGGAAAACGUGUACCUGCCCCCAGGGGCCAGUGAAUUGGCAUCAGAUCUCAACCCCGUGGAGAGUGACACGGACCCCAGUUUGCCCAAGCCACCCCACCUGCAGCUGCCCCCCAGCCUGUGGCAGCCACUCAUUGCCAAUGGUGUGGGCCCAAGCACCAGCCAGCAAUCGGUGGUGGCUGGUGGCAGAGCCCCGAGCUCCCAUAAGCCACAUGCGGUCAGCAGGGUGGCCCCACGUCUGUGGGCGUCGUCGGGGGAGGGCCGGGUGGCCUCGGGUAUGCUUCCCCUCACUGCGGGUGCUGGGAGGGCUCUGCACUCCCACCAGUGUGCUGCUGCCUAUGGGGGAUCUGUUUGUUGCUGUCAGCCCUCCGGGGUCAACAAGGUGCCCUCCAGCAGCCUAGCUAAGCCAUCUAUAACUAAGCUGUCUAUGAGGAGUGGAGUAACCCCCAGCUUAGCUAAGCCAUUUGUGACCAGUGCGAUAGCUCCCAGCUUAGCUAAGCCAUGUAUGACUGAUGGGGCAGCUCCCGUCAUAGCCCAGCCAUCAGUGGCCUGUGUGGUGGCCCCCAGCCUGGUCCAGCCAUCAGUGGCCUGUGUGGUGGUCUCUAACCUAGCCCAGCCACCUGUGACCGGUGGGGUGGCCCCCAGCCUGGCCCGGUCAUUUGUGGCCAACAGGGGGCCCCUCAGCCUCUUCCAGCCAUCUGUAAUCGGUGGUACCAGUUGCGCAGCUGGCCAGUCAGGCUGGGUCCCUACAGUGGGUUCAAAUCUACCACCAAGAGUGAAUGCCGUGGCCCCUAGUCUGCAUCACCCAUCAUUUGUGACUGAAGUCCCCUGGAGCACAUCAUAUUCCUCUGCCGUGAGCAGCCCGGGCCAAGAUCUGAGCCGGUCACCUGUGGCCGCUGGGAUGGCCCCCUGUCGAGAUUCUGUAAUGGUUGGUGGGGUGGCCUCAAACGCCCAGGCCCCUGAGUUCAGCGAGGUGUCCCUGGCGUUUCAUCAGCCGCUCGGUGUUGGUGGGGGACGCCCAAGCAUCACUGAACAUUCUGAGGUCACUCUCUCAGCCCCAAAGCUCUACCAGGCAUCCGGUGUUAGUGGAGAGGACUCUUGUCUAGACCAGGGAACCAGUGUAUGUGCUGGGGCUCUGUUCCGGGGCGCUGUGGCUGCUGGUAUGUUCCCAAAUACGUCUCGGGGGACCCUGGCUGCUGGUAUGUUCCUAAGUAUGUCUCCAGGGCCUGCAUCUCCGGGUAUGACAGGGAGUGUGUGCCAGAGAAGUGUGACAACUGGUCUGGGCCCAAACCAGUUUCAGAUGGCCAGUGGCGUGACUCCCAUUGCAUCCCCGGCCCCUGUGGCAGGUGCCCCUUUGAUUCACAAGCAAGCCUCAGAGGGCCCUGGUUUUUCUCGGGCUUCAGUGCCCAACAGGCUGGGUACGCGUCCAUUCAGGUUUUCUCAGGCCAACGCAGGCGCCAGCAUGCCUCAGGUCAAUGUUGAUCUCCCAGUAUCUUUGAACCACCAGCAUCCUUCGGUGUCCACAAUCACGGCACCCGGUUAUGAGCAAGCAAAUGCUUUCAGCCAGGAGUCCGUGAUGGACACAACUAGUGGCUUGGUGCCAGGCUCUGUACCCAGUAGGAUGACCACAGCCCUGGCCCGAGGUACCGUGGCCAGUGGUGUGGCCCCCAGCCUUCCCCCAGGGUCUGUGAUCAGGGGCGUGGGGCAGAGCCUGUCUCCAGGGUCCGUGAUCAGUGCUGUGCCUCCCCACCUUCCGCCCGGUUACGUGGUUGGUGGUGUGGCUCAAACCCUUCCUGAAGGGUCUGUGAUCUGUGGUAUCAGCCAUAGCCUUCCCCCAGGAUCCGUGAUCAGCGGCACGGGCCAGGGUCUUCCCCCAGAUCCCAUGGCCAGUGCUGUGGCCCAGAACCUUCCGCCAGGUUCUGUGGCUAGUGGGGUACCCCCCAGUCUGAUGGCGACAUCUGGGGCUGGUGGGAAGAGACAAAGCUUCAUAAGACCCUCAGUGAGUUUCACUUCCCCAAGCCUGAUCCCAGGUUCAGUGUCAAGUGGGAUGGGCCCAGGUGUGUCUCCUGGGUCUGUGGCCUCUAGUGUGGUUCCAGCCAUAGAUCCUGGGGGACUGAAUCAGGGCCUGAUUCUAGGGUCCACGGAUAAUGCAGCUGGCCUGCCAUCCGCAGUGGGGAAUGUGGCCCAGAGCCUCCCCCAGGGGUCCAUGCUGAUCGGGAUCUCUCCCCGUCCUUACCAUGGAGCCCUGCCUGGGGAAGGGUCUACAGCCCCCUUCCAGGCAUCCCAUGCCACUGGCCUGGCUCAACUGCAACCCCAGGCCUUGGAAUCUAGCGGCACAACCAGGAGAGUACUCCAAGUGCCCACGGUCCUACAAAGAGCCUCCCAGUUGAGCCACGCUCUUGAGAUGAUGCCAUUUGAGGCCACAGAUGACCAGGCCAUGAUGAAACCAGAGGACCUGAACAAGGCUGUGUCCCCGGUGUUCGCGUCCAGUGCGGAGUCCACGGUCCUCGACGCAACCCCGUGGAUGUCCCAUAAUCCCCUGUCAACUGACCACAGCCACGAAUUCCUUCCCGAUGGUCAAAGGCCGUUGUUGGAAAUGGUUCCUAGCCAGACCAAGUCUCUGGCCAGUGGCAUGACUCCUGUCCCGCCCCAGUCCCUGAAUUUUGCCAAGCACUGCAUGGCUGGUGGCACCACUCGAACUCUGCAGCAGAGGUCAGCAGCCAGUUGGGAGGCCCCCAGCUCCCACUUUGUGACUGCUAGCAGGGUUCCCAGUGUGCACAUGGAGCCUGUCAAGGUUACUGGGGCCCCCUUGACUCGACAGGCAUCAGUGGCUCGCGUGGUGCCCCAGAGCCCCUUGGUGACUCACAGGGUGCCCCAGGGCCAUGCCCACAAGAUGGGAGCUUCUCCCAUGGUCUCAGGGUCACCCCAGCUGGUCCAUAGCAGUACUAUGGCAUCCAGUGUGUACCCAGGGUCUAUAGCUGGGGUGGGGACCCCAAGCACUUCCCAGAGGCCAGGGACCACCCACAAGACCUCACAUGCAUUGUACCCGCCCAUGGCUGGGGGGAUAGCAUCUGGUGGGUUCCAGGUGGAAGCGGUCCCCAGGGCACACAAGAAGCCAGAGUCUGGGGACCUGACUCGGAGCAACCACAAAUUUCUUGGCUCUAGAAAAUCCUACAGGUUCAUGCAUGGUUGUCUUGUCUCAGACAUGCUAGACGGUAAUGUAGCCAGGGUUGUGUCCUUGCCUGAAGUGCAGGAGCCCGCCUCCAGGUCCUCACAGGAGAGCCCCGAACACCCCAAGAGUGCACCACCAGCCGUGAUACCCAUCAGCCACGCCACCGAGGUGGCACACAGCACGACCGCCCCUCAGCUGCCCCUGGGGUUUCGGAGGGUGUCUCUGGGCUAUGAGUCUCCACCUGAUGGCUCCCGGAGGCCCCUUUUUGCCCCGGAGUCGAUGCAGGGGUCCCGGGAUUUCCAUAGCACCGUGGCUCCUGCAGGCAGUCACAGGGCGUCCCUGACUCCCACUGUACUCCAGGGCCCUGUGGACGCCAGCAUAGCUGGUGGCCAAGCACGGAACUCGGCCGUCCCCAGUGUAGCCGUCGGGCCCGUGAGCAGCGCCGGAGCCCCCGGGGGCGCCUGGGAUCUGGCCAGGGCUGCUGUGCCCUGGGACACUGCGGGUAGAGAGGCAGCGGAGGAUCCCAGACCGUCGGGGGAGCUGGUGACGUCGCUGCAGGCUGUGGAGAAGAUAAUCACCCGUGCCGUGGUCACCAUCCAGGCGUGUGCCCGCGGCUACCUGGUGCGCCGAUCCAUCAAGGUGUGGCACCAGUGGGCCGUCAUCAUCCAGGCCGCCUGGCGCGGCUCCCGUGUGCGGCGGAACUUGGCCCGGCUCUCCCAAGCUGCCACCACCAUCCAGGCCACAUGGCGAGGCUUCUGCACCCGCCGGAAGCAAACCCAGGCAGCAUUGCUCCCAGGCGCGUGGACCAAGUCCGCGUCGGACCACCGCUGCUUCCAGUCCUGCCAGCCGCACGUCUGCCCCCUCUGCCAGGCCCUGAGCCCCAGGCUGGGGAGCCCGCCCAGCGUGGUGAUGCUCGUGGGGUCCAGCCCCCGCACGUGCCACACGUGUGGCCACACCCUGCCCACUCGGGUGGUGCACGGCGUGGGCCGGGGCUCCAGGGUCCAGGCUGGCGUGCCGUGGGCCUGCGGCACCCCGAUGGCCUCCCGGAGCCCCCGGCAGUCCCGUCGCCAGCAUGAGGCAGCCACGGCCAUCCAGUCGGCCUGGAGGGGCUUCACGGUGCGCCGCCGGCUGAGGCAACAGCAGAUGGCUGCCAGGAUGCUCCAUGCCACCCGGCGCGGCCACCACACCCGGGCCUCCCUCACUGCGGAUGCGCUCUUGGGACCAGCAGGGUGGGACAACUCGCAGCACGUGCAGUGGCCAGGCGUCUAG